CGCUUACAAUGUGGUCCUUUGUCUGACGCCUCUGAAAUUGACAGAUCAAGGCAAGAAUCCAUUUAAUUUUCUAUUAAGCGAGCAAUGAGCAAUGUUUAGAAUGUAUAAUAUAUAAUGUACGAAAAUAUGACAUAGAUUGGAAAGAAUAUGAGGUCACCAUCGUUAUCGUAUCAUUUGAACCACUCAAAUUAUUAAGCAAAUACCUGUGCAUAACAUACUCACUAUGGACAUUGUUUUAGGAGUUUGAGCUUCUCUGAAUCUGCUUUGCAAUUUCCUUUGAAAAUGCUGUAUUAGUAUUUUUCAAAAUUGCAGAGGAAUCUAUCAAGAUUCUAAAAUAAGUCUCUACUGAAAUGGCACUGCAACAGGUGAGCUGUAAAAGCAUAUGUUUGUACCCCCACCAUGAUAAAGAUAACUACACAGAAGAAAAAGAAGUGGGGCAUUCUCAGAAUUAUGGCCUCUUAACAGAUCUACCAAAGGACUUACUAGGACACAUUCUAUCAAGAACAUCUGUUGACAAUGUGAUACGAAGUAGUUCUGUCUGUAGAGAUUGGGAGUUGUACAUCAGCUCCAAAUCCUUCAUGGAAUUAUGGAGACAAUCAUGUCGGUUUCAGGGACCCCCCUGGUUAUUUGCAUUGUCUACAUACAACUGCAGGGACUGUUGCUCUGCUUACAAUCCUGUUAUGAAUAAGUGGUAUUCCAUUCCACCGCUUUUUCUACCUCAGUCAUUGCGUAUUCCAGUGGCAGCAAUUGGGGGUUUCCUUCUUGUGAAGGGGAGUUCAACUGUAUCCCAACAUCUUGCAGUCUGCAAUCCAAUCUCAAAGCAAUGGAGAAACCUUCCCCCAUUGCACAAGCCCAGAUCAAGCAGUCUCAUCUCUGUGAUUGAAAGGAGGUUUCAUUCCGAUGGCAACAAUGGUAAUUGCAGUGGCUUUCAAAUUAUUGUAGCAGGUGGGAGAUCCCAAGAUGCAAAUGGGUAUGAGCCAUCCAUAGAAAUGUAUGAUUCAUUGGCAGAUUCAUGGAAUGUGGUUGGGGAGGUCCCUUGCGAAUACGCUGUGAGAUUGGCUUUAUGGACGCCCAAUGACACAGUUUAUUGCAAUGGGACAAUCUACUGCCUCACUUCAGCUAGGCCUUAUAGUAUUAUUGCUUUUAAUUCUGUAACAGGGGUUUGGAGUGAGGUGAUGGUGCCAAGGGGACCACAUCUCUUAUGUUCCUUCCUUGUGCAGAGAAGAGACAAACUUACUCUGGUUGGAGGAGUGGGUUCUCCCAGGGACUGUAAAUGCUUGAAGGUGUGGGAGCUGGACGAGGAUGGUUGGCUGGAGAUUGAGUCAAUGCCUGGCGAAUUCUUCAAUAGUUUUUUGGGUGGGAAAACAGAUUUUGACUACAAGUUUGCUGGCAAUGGAGAUUUCUUGUAUUUUUUCAAGGAUUCUCAAUCUCAGAUGUUAGUGUGUGAGCUCUCCUCUCAGAAUCACAAAACAUCUUGGAGAUGGAUUCCUGGGUGCUCUUCUGUUGGAUCACAGUUCUCUAAAUGCUCUAUCCGGGGUAUGUUCAUACAACCACGGCUGGAUGUUUCAGAUUUCUGUUAAGAAUUCCAAAGUGGGGGUUGGGGAUCUUGAAAUUUGAUUCUAUUUGCAAGAUAGUUUUUGGCGAACUACAUGAUGCCAAAAUUGAUCCUUUCUAGCAAGAAACAAUGGCAAAGAAUAAGAUACUUAUAUGAUGCCCUCAAUCUCUAUUCUUUUUGUAAUCUCACUCUGGCGUUGAUCUUUUCUGUCUUUCUUCUACUAGGUGCCGCUGUGGUUGUACUCGCGACUCUUUGCCUCUGAAUGAAUAAAGCUUCAACUAUCAGCAAAAAA